AUGGAAGCGGCUCAAUUGUCAACUACAUCAGCAAUGACAGAAAACUGGAGUAGCAACUUUGAAGAAUACCCAACUGAAUAUGAUGGAUUGGAUUCUAUGAUUAUCUGCCACCUGGAACUACCAUUUGCUUACAUCUUUAUCCCCAUUCUCUAUUUCCUGAGUUUUUUCAUCGGUUUCUUUGGGAACCUAUUUGUGAUCCUACUGAUGGCACGAAAACAAGGUAGCAAAAGGCUUGUGGAUACCUUCGUUCUCAAUCUGGCCAUAGCUGACCUGGUCUUUGUAUUUACUUUGCCUUUCUGGGCUUUGUCAGCAGCUCUUGAUGGCUGGCUCUUUAGUGAAGGACUAUGCAAGCUGAGCAGCUAUACCAUCUCUGUCAACCGCUGCUCAAGUAUCUUGUUCCUGACAGGCAUGAGCGUGGAACGCUUCCUUGUGAUGACCAAGCGUUGGGAUGCCAGGUCCAUUGGAACCAGGAAGAAUGCCAUCAUGAGCUGUGGCUGCAUCUGGGCAAUCUCACUACUUCUAGGAAUACCAUCACUGGUCUACAGAAAUCUGGCCUUCAAGGGAGAUAGCAAAUAUUCAUGCCAGGGUGACCCCCCUGCCACCUUCAGUGUGGUCAUGCUCAGCUUAACCUUCCUGUUGCCGUUGGGAGUCAUCUUGUUCUGCUAUUGCUCUAUCUUCUCCAAACUUCAGAGCCAUGCCAGACUAGGCAAAAGAAGAAACAAUGCCCUUAAAAUCAUCUUUACCAUCAUUGGGGCAUUUGUCUGUUCUUGGCUGCCUUUCAACACCUUCAAGAUAAUCUUCACUAUGACUCAGAACAUUGAUCUCUCUUGCCAGGCCCUGAGAACUCUCUUCGGGGGACUCACCAUCACCGCUUGCCUGGCUUUCGUAAACAGCUGUAUCAACCCUGUCAUCUAUGUCUUUAUGGAUCAGCACUUUCGACAGCAGGUCCUGAUGUAUUUCCCUGGAUUUUGGAAAGCAAAGGGAAAUAUGCAAGCCUCCAGCAUGUCCUUUUCAUCUACAGAAUCAAGUGUUUUGUUUGGCAGCAGGAAAAAGCUCCCACCCGCCACGUCUGUUCAGAUAUGAAACACAGUAAAAGAUGUGUAGGGUUGCAAAAGCCUCCAAGAUUUGGCACG